AUGAAGGGUUUGCUGGAGACGCCGAUCUUCACCGACACGGUGGUUUUCCGCGUGGCUCCGUGGAUCAUGACCCCCAACACGGCGGCACCGCUGGAGGUCUUUGUCUGCAGUGUGGACAACAACGAGGAUUUCGUGGCGUCCGUGGGCGCCCUGGCCGAAAAAGCCAAGUGCCCGCUCACCGUCUGCCCGCUGCUGGAGAACCGCCAGGACCGCUGGAUCCAGGACGAGGUUGAAUUCGGCUACGUGCAAGCCCCCCACAAGACCUUCCCCGUUGUCUUCGACUCGCCCCGCGACCGGGGGCUGAAGGAUUUCCCCGUCAAGAGCAUCCUGGGCCCCGAUUUUGGCUACGUGGCCCGGCAAGCGCCAGAGGGUAGUUCCAGCCUCGAUUCCUUCGGCAAUUUGGAGGUGAGCCCCCCCGUGACGGUGCGGGGCAAGGAGUACCCCUUGGGCCGUAUCCUGAUCGGCAGCAGCUUCCCCAGACUCGGCGGCCGGCGGAUGGCGAAAGCCGUCAAGGAUUUUCUCGUUGCCCAACAAGUGCAGGCGCCGGUGGAGCUGUUUUCCGACUGGCUCCACGUCGGGCACGUAGACGAGUUUCUCAGCUUCAUCCCUGCGCCCGAUCGGAAGGGUUUUCGGCUGCUCCUGGCCAGCCCCAGCGCCUGCUACCAGCUCCUCAAGGAGAAGCAAGAGGAGGGGUUCGGCGAGGCGGCGAUGUUCGAGGGACUGGAGAAGGUGCCCAAGCCGACGAUAAACGAGAUUCUGGCUAACGAAGGCCUCCGGAAAUUCAAUAAUUACGUCCAG